AUGCUGAACCUGAAGGAAACAAAUGAUCAAAAUUACGUGAGACAGCUGAAUUUUUUGAACAGUUGGUUUAUUUUUAGUGAACAGAAAGAGGAUGAUGUUGUUACGCGUAAUCUGAAAGCAAAUGGAGCAAGAAGUUUAGCUGAAGCUGUUAGAGGUGAAGAAGAGCGAGAAUGCAUGGAGCAAGUAUUUCUCAGCCGAGCCGUUUCUUCUACGGCCGAAUUAUCUCGAGAACAUGUUGAUACAGCGGACUCGACAGAAUUUCCGGUGCCACCCCCACGUCUCAAAAAGCAUGCAACAAAACAAAGCGAACAACAGAACUCUCCGUCUGAAGAUCAUUUUUCGAUGAGAGAACGCUGGAGAAAACUUGACGUCUCUGGAGCCAUUUUAAGGCCUUUCAGAAGCUGUAAACAGUGCACUAAUUGCUCAUCUUGCCGAAGAAACGCAACAAGCACCACAGUCGAUGUGGUGGAAAUGGAACGAGCAAGCAAUGAAUCUGAUGCUGGAAGUCAGGUUGGGCUGACCGGCCGAAUACGCCAGUAUCUGCCGCUAGUUCGAGGCAGACAGAGAUCUUCUAGCCCACCAUCAGAUGCUGUUCAUACUCUCGCUCCCGACUACACGAAUAAAUACGAUCUGAGCAAUGAGAAGGAAUUAGCACGACGCGAGAAGCGUGAUCGUAAGGCACUCACGAAACGACUGCGUGCCAGAAGGCGUGCUGAAUUGGCGAUCAUUGCAAAGCAUGAAGCAAAGCAAAAAACAAUUUCAAAUGCAAUCGAACUUUUAUUACAAAUCUUACGUAUGAUGACCUCGUUUGCGAUCCUAGUUGGUAAUAUUCGUAAAACAUUUAUUCCGGCUCAAUUCAAGUGGCUUAAGCCGGGUCGUCAUGCCUACGACAAUCCCGAAUUAAUGAUGCUGUGGAGGUGUACAGUAUUCCUUGAUGUGCUUCUGUUUUGGACAAAUGUUGUUUGGGCAUACUGUCUGCAAUGGCAUUUGUGCUGCCGCCUCGGUUUGCUGAAAUUUUGGACGUGGAUAGCAAUUUUGGUACUGGUUGGUGGUAUAUUCAUGCUUCUUCCAAUGUCGCAUGUACAAGAUAAUCUUGACAUAAGCUGGUGUCGUUUCACGCCGAACAGUACCCUUUCACGUUAUCAGCCGAAUUGGUAA